CUCCUUUCACUGAGUGACUGUACUGAGGCAUUGCAACUGCAUCUGUGAUAGGGCCACUUUUCUUAAAGUUUCUUUGGGACUUUUAUUUAUUUAUUCAUUCAGAAUUUCAGAUACAUACACUUUGGAAUCUUACAUGAUUCUUCUUUCUGUUGCUACCUUUUUUAUUUUCAGUUCUUGUGACUCUGCAUAUGCAUAUGCAUGCACUAACAACAACUUACACUCUCACUGAAUCACAUGCUCACAAGAUUUUGCUGGUUUUGAGAAGAAAAGAGAAUAAUGGAGAGUUUCUGGAGCAUGUUUUGUGGGGAAUCUGGUUGUUCAGGAAAUCCUUAUUGCAGUUAUGAUUUCAAGUUUUUGAAGGAUCCUUCCUCAUGUAUCAACCAUUUUCUGAUCUUAUGCAUUCAUGUGUUGCUUCUCAUCAUGAUCUCAUCAAUCACCAUGUUUCACAAGCCCUCUCCACUGAAAAAACAGCAUCAUCAUGGACAAAGCUAUUCAAGAUUGCAGCUAGUUUCUGCCAUAGCCAAUGGCUCUUUGGGCUUGGUACAUUUGAUCUCAGGAUUCUGGUUCCUAGAAGAGAAUCUGAGAAAAACCAGAACUGUUUUCCCUCUUGAUUGGUGGUUUCUUGAAUUCAUUCAAGGGUUGUCAUGGUUGUUUGUAGGAUUAACAAUGAGUCUUAGGGUGAAACAACUUCCAAGAACAUGGUUAAGGCUGAUUUCUGUUCUUAUUUUCUUGAUUUCUGGAAUUCUUUGUGCUUUGUCCUUGUUCUAUGCAGUUAGUAGCAGAGGAAUUUCCCUGAAAGUUGUUUUGGAUGUUCUAUCUUUUGGCGGCGCAAUUUCAUUGCUACUAUGCAGUUACAAGGAAUCUAAGCAUAGAGACUUUGAAGGAGAAGAAAAUUAUGAAAGCCUUUACAUGCCUUUAAAUGAUGAAUCCAUGUCCAACUCAAUUGAUUCUGAUUCUGUUAGCUCUGUCACACUAUUUUCUGGAGCCGGAAUCUUCAGUUGGAUGUCAUUUUGGUGGUUGAAUCCAUUGAUGAAAAGAGGAAAACAGAAAACACUUCAGGAACAAGACAUUCCCAAGCUCCGUGAGGCCGACCGAGCCGAAAGCUGUUACUUUCAGUUCCAAGAACAAUUGAACAAGCAGAAGAUGAAAGAACAAUCAGCACAGCAGCCAUCACUCUUGAAAACAAUAAUUAUGUGCCAUUGGAAAGAGAUUCUGAUCUCAGGAUUCUUUGCAUUGCUGAAGGUGAUAACUCUCUCUUGUGGACCUCUGCUUCUAAAUUCCUUUAUACUUGUUGCUGAGGGUAAUGAGAGUUUCAAAUAUGAAGGUUAUGUAUUGGCCAUAUCAUUGGUCAUUACAAAGAUCAUAGAAUCUUUAUCCCAAAGGCAAUGGUACUUCAGAACAAGACUAAUUGGUUUGAAAGUUAGAUCACUGCUUAUUGCAGCUAUUUAUCAGAAGCAACUAAGACUAUCCAAUGCUGCUAGAUUGGUGCAUUCUGGUGGUGAGAUCAUGAAUUAUGUGAAUGUGGAUGCUUAUAGAAUUGGAGAAUUUCCCUAUUGGUUUCACCAGACAUGGACCACCAGUGUUCAGCUUUGUAUCGCCUUAGUAGUACUUUUUCGCGCCGUUGGGCUCGCCACAUUCGCUUCCUUGGCAGUGAUACUUCUCACCGUGCUUUGCAACACUCCACUUGCAAAGUUACAGCACAAGUUCCAGAGGAAACUUAUGGUGGCGCAAGACGAGAGAUUGAAGGCUACUUCUGAGGCUCUUGUGAAUAUGAAGGUGCUGAAGCUAUAUGCCUGGGAAACCAAUUUCAGAAAUGCCAUUGAAAGAUUGAGGAAUGUUGAGCUCAAAAGACUUUCUGUAGUGCAAUUGAGGAAAGCAUAUAGCAACUUUCUCUUUUGGGCCUCACCUGUUUUGGUAUCUGCUGCAUCCUUUGGAGCAUGCUACCUUCUUGGUGUUCCUCUACAUGCCAACAAUGUUUUCACUUUCGUCGCGACUCUGCGCCUCGUUCAAGAUCCUAUUAGAACCAUCCCUGAUGUUAUUGGGGUGGUGAUCCAAGCAAAAGUUGCAUUCUCAAGGAUUUUGAAAUUCCUUGAGGCACCUGAACUAGACAACCAAAGUUUCAGGAAGAAGCAUUUUAGCGAAAACAUGAGAGGUUCGAUUUCAAUAAAGUCUGCUGAGUUUUCAUGGGAAGGUAAUGGAUCAAAACCAACUCUGAAGAACAUAAAUUUGGAGGUUAGAGCAGGGCAAAAUGUGGCUAUCUGUGGAGAAGUUGGCUCUGGAAAAUCAACCCUCUUAGCUGCAAUUCUCAGAGAAGUUCCCAUUACUCACGGAACUAUUGAAGUUUAUGGAAAGUUUGCCUAUGUUUCUCAAACUGCAUGGAUACAGACAGGUACAAUAAGGGAUAACAUAUUGUUUGGAUCAGCAAUGGAUGCUGAAAAGUAUCAAGAAACACUUCACAGGUCUUCACUGAUGAAGGACCUUGAGCUUUUUCCCCAUGGUGAUCUCACUGAGAUAGGGGAAAGAGGGGUUAACCUGAGUGGAGGCCAGAAGCAACGGAUUCAGCUCGCUCGCGCUCUUUACCAGAAUGCUGAUAUAUACCUCUUGGAUGAUCCAUUCAGUGCUGUUGAUGCACAUACUGCCACAAACUUAUUCAAUGUAAUUUCCAACUUCUUCACUUCAGUCUUCACAAAUUGUAAUCAUAGGUUCAUUUCUCUUGGUAGAAUGAAGAAUGUCUUUGAAACUUUGCAGGAUUACAUCAUGGAAGGACUUGCAGGGAAGACAGUCUUGCUUGUCACUCAUCAAGUUGAUUUUCUUCCAGCAUUUGAUUCUGUUUUGUUGAUGGCAGAGGGGAAAAUCCUACAAGCUGCUCCUUAUCACCAUCUCUUGAACUCAAGCAAAGAAUUUCAGGAUCUUGUCCAGGCUCACAAAGAAACCGCCGGAUCGGACAGGCUCGUGGAUGCUACUUCUUCUUCUAACAGACUUACACACAAUCCUGGGGAGAUAAGGAAAACAUAUGUAGAGAAUCAGUUGGAAACUUCACGUGGCGAGCGCGAUCAAUUGAUCAAGCAAGAAGAAAGAGAAGAAGGAGACAGGGGAUUGAAGCCAUACUUACAGUAUCUGAAUCAAAACAAAGGAUAUUUGUACUUCUCUGUGGCUGCACUUUCUCACCUCUCAUUUGUGAUUGGCCAGACAUUGCAGAACUGGUGGAUGGCUGAUAAAGUUGAUGAUUCUAAUGUCAGCACAUUGCAUCUGAUUGUUGUCUACUUGUUGAUUGGAUUUGCUUCAACAUUUUUCUUGUUGAUUAGAAGCCUUGUAGCAGUUGCUUUGGGCCUUCAAUCAUCAAAAUCUAUGUUCUUACAGCUUUUGAAUUCCCUCUUCCGCGCGCCGGUGUCCUUCUAUGACUCCACACCAUUAGGAAGAAUUCUUAGUAGGGUCUCCUCUGAUCUGAGCAUUGUGGAUCUUGAUGUUCCAUUUAGCCUUGUUUUCGCAGUGGGAGCUACUAACACUUGCUAUGCCAAUCUUAUAGUCUUAGCAGUCAUUACUUGGCAAGUGUUGUGUGUCUCUAUACCAAUGGUUUACAUAGCAAUUCGCUUGCAGAGCUACUACUUUGCCACUGCAAAAGAAUUGAUGCGGAUGAAUGGCACAACAAAAUCCUAUGUAGCUAAUCAUUUAGCCGAAUCUGUUGCCGGGGCUGCGACGAUAAGGGCUUUCGAGGAAGAACACAGGUUUUUCAUGAAGAAUCUUGAUCUCAUUGAUGUGAAUGCAAGCCCUUUCUUCCACAGCUUUGCAGCAAAUGAGUGGCUGAUGCUACGCUUAGAAACAAUCAGUGCAGUUGUUUUUGCAGCCGCAGCACUUUCCAUGGUGGUGCUUCCACCAGGGACUUUCACCUCAGGAUUCAUUGGCAUGGCUCUAUCAUAUGGACUUUCAUUAAACUCGUCCCUAGUAUUUGCAAUUCAAAAUCAAUGCACUGUAGCAAACCAGAUAAUCUCAGUGGAGAGGCUAAACCAAUACAUGUAUAUAGCAAGCGAGGCACCAGAAGUUAUACAAGAAAAUCGUCCUCCUCCCAAUUGGCCUAUUAAGGGAAAAGUACAAAUUCAUAAUUUGCAGAUAAGAUACAGGGAAAGUGCACCGCUUGUACUACGUGGAAUCACGUGCACGUUUGAAGGAGGGCACAAGAUUGGAAUAGUUGGAAGAACAGGGAGUGGAAAAUCUACAUUAAUAGGUGCAUUGUUCCGGCUGGUGGAGCCAGCAGGUGGAAGGAUCAUAGUUGAUGGGAUUGAUAUUUCUUCAAUUGGACUCCAUGAUUUGAGGUCACGUUUUGGUAUCAUACCUCAGGAUCCUACUCUCUUCAAUGGCACUGUUAGAUACAAUUUGGACCCUUUAUCUCACCACUCUGAUCAUGAUAUUUGGCAGUGUUGGUUGCAUGUGAAGGUUCUUGGAAAGUGCCAGUUGCUAGAAGUUGUGAAAGAGAAAGAAGGCGGCUUAGACUCUUCGGUUGUUGAAGCUGGGGCGAACUGGAGCAUGGGACAACGGCAACUGUUCUGUUUGGGGCGUGCACUUCUGAGGAGAAGUAAGAUUUUGGUGCUGGAUGAAGCAACUGCAUCAAUUGAUAAUGCAACUGAUUUGAUUCUGCAGAAAACCAUCAGAACCGAGUUUGCAGAUUGUACUGUAAUCACAGUUGCACAUAGGAUUCCAACUGUCAUGGAUUGCACCAAGGUCGCUGCUAUCAGUGAUGGAGAAUUGGUUGAGUAUGAUGAGCCCAUGAACUUGAUGAAGCAAGAAGGAUCAUUGUUUGGACAACUUGUUAAGGAAUAUUGGUCUCAUUUUCAGUCUGCAGAAUCUCACUGAAGCUAGCUAUCUAGAAGUAGAAACCUUGUUUUGAUGCAGCUUAAUUAUAUAUCUAUGUGUAGCUUUAAUUAAUUUGUGUUGUAUUAUUAGAAGGGUUCAACAAAGUAAAGUAGAAGAUUGAGUGUCUAAUUUAUUUUAUUUUAUAAUAAAAGGACAAGCUAUAUUAGUUGGGCCUACUGUUGUAAUUUUAGAAGAUAGAGAGCUGCAUUAUAAUGAUCACUUAUAUUUUGGUAGGAAAAGUUUCCAUUUAUUCC